GACGACAGCUGUCCGCCCCCAGCCCGGCAUGCACCGCGCCGGGGAAACCCGAGCGGAGAGAGGCAACGCGGAAGUGCCCCCGCGAGUGUUGACAACAGCCAGCAGCGGCGUGUGUCCACGGGACGCUUAAGAACGACCACUGCCUCCGGACAGAAAGAUGACUGCCCAGGAGGUGCGUCUGUGUGGUCUCCUGCUGCGGGAGCACUAUGGAGAAGUGGUGGAGAAAGUGGGAACACACCUGCUCAGAAGUGGAGCACAGAACUUAAGAACCAUCGUUCAUGAGACUGGCAUGCCACUGGACCUGGUGAAGAAGUGUCUGUGUGUGCUGGUGCAGCACGGGGCCUGUGUGUUCAGCUUGGGUCGUAAAGGACCUGGGAGUCCCACAGAGUACCAGACCAGCUGUAGUCAGAUUCUGACCAUUCUGCGCUACCCACGUUACAUCUACACUGCGAAAACCCUGUACGGCGACACCGGAGAGCUAAUCGUAGAGGAGCUGCUGCAGAGAGGUCAUAUGACCAUGAGCAGCACUGUGAAGACCGUUGCCGACCGCCUCACCCAGAACAUGGAGGAUGGGCGCAGCAUGGAUUACAGUGAAGUGUCUUCCUCCUUCUCCAAACUGGUGGAGACUCAUUUUCUUCAGCGCUGCCCUCCACUACCUGGAGCAGGAACAACAGACAGCACGACCCCGGCCGCCCCUGCUGCCCCUGCUACCCCUGCUACUCCGGCUGCCCGUGUUAGCACUGCCCCGCCCACACCAGAGAGCUUCUCUGACUGCUACAAGGUGCCACAUGUGACACUCUGUGGACGUGGCAAACGUCAGCUCUCCAGUGAGGAUGGAGAAGACCAAAGGAAUGCAAAGAAGGCAAAGUUAGAUUCAGACACACACGGUGAUGAGGGGAUUUACUGGCAGGUGAAUUUUGAGAGGUUCCAUCUUCACUUCAGAGACCAGGCCAUCAUCAGUGCUGUUGCCAACAAACUGGACCAGACCAGCAGUGAGAUAGUGAGGACUAUGCUGAGGAUGAGUGAGGUAACAACCUCGCCAAUUGCCACCUGCACAAAGCCCCUCUCCGCCAAUGAGAUCUUCCGAUCGCUCCCAAGCAACUACAACAUUGCCAGACCCAUCUUAGACCAAUACCUCACGCUGUUGGUGGAUGACCCGAUGGAGUUUGUGGGGAAGGCUGGUGAAAGUGGAGGAGGGAUGUAUGUUGUCAAUCUACACAGAGCGCUGGCCAAUCUGGCACGGGCCACACUUGAGUCUGUAGUACAGGAGAGGUUUGGCUCCCGGUCAGCACGCAUUUUCCGCCUGUUGCUAAGGAAACGUCACCUGGAGCAGAAGCAGGUGGAGGAUUUUGCCAUGAUUCCAGCCAAGGAGGCUAAAGACAUGCUGUACACGCUGCUGUCACAGAACCUCGCCCAGCUACAGGAAAUCCCAAAGACGCCCGACUAUGCUCCCUCUCGUACCUUCUAUCUUUACACCGUAAACCAACUCCCAACUGCAAGAAUGCUGCUGCAGAACUGCUUCAAGACAGUGGCCAAUCUCAUCGACAGACGCCUCUUUGAGGCCAAAGAGAACAAGCGUCUCCUGGAGAAAUCCCAGCGAAUCGAGGCAAUCCUGGCAUCUUUGCAGGCCAGCGGGGCCGAGCCCGAGCAGCUGACAGAGGUCGAGGAGAUGAUCACAGCUCCUGAAAAGCAACAGCUGGAGGGCUUACGGCUUCAUAUCAACAAGUUAGAUUCAGCCGAGAACCAGGUAGAUGAAACCAUCUUUCUUCUAGAGUCCUACAUCAACUCCACUGCCUCUUCCACAAGUUGAGUCACACGUUUGAGCAGUGCAUUGUACUUUUUGUCAUUAGUUUUUGUGUAUGAAUGCUUCCAAGUAAAACUGUUUCAUAGUUUAGUGGAACAAAAUUAUUUCAUUUUUAUUGCUUGCAUCAGCAAAUGAAUAAGCGGGGAACAGGAAUACUUUUCAAAACUUUUAAUUUCAUUAAAGAACAAAACUGUAAGACAAA